CGAUAGAGCGUUUUACUAUCGAUACAUUUACAGCUCCGCAGCCGCAAACGAAGGUAAAAAAUCCGCUUCGCUACUCUUCAGCUCAACUGUACCGCCGCUGUUUGAUCAAAUAUCUCGGGAAUUACGACCGCACACACAGAAAAAACGAGCAGAAUGUCGAGCGUGCCAAAGCGAGCCAAGCUGGACGGCGCCCCCGCCGAUGGCAACACAUCCGCCGCCGCCGGCAACAACGAGGAGGAGUCGGAGGCGCUGGAACAGAUUGAUGCCUGCCAGAACGCGAUCGAUGCGCUGAACGAGAAGGCCAGCGAGGAGAUCCUCAAGGUGGAGCAGAAGUACAACAAGCUUCGGAAGCCCUGCUACGAUAAACGCAGCGAGCUGGUCAAGCUCAUUCCCAACUUCUGGGUGACCUCGUUCAUCAACCACCCGCAAGUAUCCGGCAUUCUGGACGAGGAGGAGGAGGAGUGCCUGCACGCUCUUAACAAACUUGAGGUGGAGGAGUUCGAGGACAUAAAAUCCGGAUACCGCAUCAACUUCCAUUUCGACGAGAAUCCUUACUUCGAAAACAAGGUACUCACCAAAGAGUUCCAUCUGAAUUCAGCGGCUGCUUCUGAGAACGGCGACUGGCCCGCGUCCACUAGCACGCCCAUCAAAUGGAAGGAGGGAAAGAACCUGCUCAAACUGCUGCUGACGAAGCCCUACGGAAACAAGAAGAAGCGCAACUCCGAGUACAAAACCUUCUUUGAUUGGUUCUCGGAUAACACCGAUCCCGUUAACGACGAGAUCGCAGAACUGAUAAAGGACGACCUUUGGCCAAAUCCACUGCAGUAUUAUCUGGUACCUGAUAUCGAGGUGGAGCCUGAGGACGAGGAGGACAACGAUGAUAACGAGGAGGAGGCAUUUGACGACGAGGAUGGUGAGGAUGGAGAAGGCGAGGAAGAAGACGAGGAUGAAGAUGACAAGUAAACUGAUUCAUGCAAUUUCAAAUCGCUCCCAACCGAAAGCCCACAGUGUUUCUAACCACUUGCAAAUAUAGUUUUCCCGGUGGUUAUGCAACAUUAACAUAAUUGCAAAUUUUCUGGCAUAUUUAGGUUUCGAUCUAAACAAAAUGCGUAUUUGCAUUAAAAGGCAACAGAAAAUCAAUAUGAAUCACCAUUAAAAUAAUUUAAAACAAAUAAAAAGACGUCAAUCGAA